AAUGACAAUGAAUUAUGAACCUGAACAAACCCACAUCAACAAACAAUAACAACACAAAACCAAACUAGGAGCCACUUCAUGUCUUACUAGCUCUCUUUUUAAACUAGUAAGCUUCAUUCUCCCUCAAACUUUCUCUUCAUCUAAACUCCAUCCCACUACCUCACAUUUCACUUUUACUGGCCUUUCUCUUUAUUUUCACUCCUAUAUACCCUUUACCUUGACGAUUUAAAGAUCAAAAACUGAGUUUGAUGGUCUGGACACCCCCAAAAAGUUGUGAAGUUGUGAUUUUUAUCGUUUAAACUCGAGUUGUUUUGAUUUUUAGAUUCAAUAUUUGUGCUUUUGAUUAGAUUACAUUGUGGGGUUUCGUUAUAUAGCUUUUGGUUAGUGCAAUUCCUUAACUUGUCGACUUCUCUGGGUUAAAUUUUGUUUAUUGCUUUUGAGGUUCAAAUGGCGGGUUGUUCAUCGAGUUUUGGAUUGACCCAUGUUGUCAACUUUCGAAACGAUGUUGUUUCUAGGAAGAUGUGGAAUCAGAAUCUCAUAAAAGAGGUUGGUUUUCCACUGUUGAGUAAGAAUAAUGGGACUGGACAUAUUUAUUUGAAGAGAAAAGAGAGGCUUGUGAUAAUGAACAUGGUGGAGUCACAAGGUGAGUCCCAAUCCCCUCUGGCAGCAAUUACGAUUUCCAAAGAAGAUAGUGAGAGUACUGUGGGAAAGACAGGGGUUUUUAAGACUGGGAAGGAAGAAGACAAAGUAGGUGGUGGUGGCUAUGGUGAGGUUGCACUUGAAGGUAAUGGUGGUAAUGGGAACUUUACAAAUGGUAAAGGAGGAGAAGGAGGUGGUGGAGGUGGUGGAGGAGGAGAUGAAAACGGUGAUGACUAUGAAGAAGAGGAGUUUGGGCCCAUGAUGAAAUUUGCAGAGGUUAUGAAGGAGACUGAGGCUCGAGGGGUUACUCUUCCCUCUGAUAUGUUGGAAGCUGCCAAGAGUGUGGGAAUUCGAAAAGUGCUUCUGCUUAGAUACUUAGAUUUGCAGGGGUCUUCUGGGAUUUUAGCCUUUGCAAUGAGGUCAUGCUCUAUGCUUCGUAAUCGGAUGUUGGCUGAUCCAGCCUUUCUUUUCAAGAUUGGAACGGAGAUAGUCAUUGACUCUUGUUGUGCUACAUUUGCUGAAGUUCAAAAGAGGGGCAAAGAUUUCUGGUCAGAGUUUGAGUUGUAUGUUGCAGAUCUUUUGGUUGGAACUGUAGUUAAUGUUGUAUUAGUUGGUAUGUUAGCACCAUAUGUUCGUAUCGGGCAACCGAAUGUAUCAAAAGGUUUGCUUGGACGUUUGCAACACGCUUAUGGAGCUCUUCCUAGCAGUGUAUUUGAAGCAGAAAGGCCGGGAUGUAGAUUUUCUUUGGAGCAGAGAAUUGGUACUUAUUUCUACAAGGGUAUCAUGUAUGGAGCAGUUGGUUUUGGUUGUGGAAUCAUUGGCCAGGGCAUUGCAAAUUUGAUUAUGACUGCUAAGCGGAGCAUUAAUAAAUCAGAAGAAGAUAUACCUGUGCCACCUCUACUCAAAAGUGCAGCUCUUUGGGGUGUGUUCCUUGCAGUUUCUUCCAACACCCGAUAUCAGAUUGUCAAUGGACUUGAGCGGUUGGUAGAAGGCUCUGCUAUGGCGAAGCAGGUUCCACCUGUAGCUAUGGCUUUCACUGUUGGGGUACGGUUUGCUAACAAUGUAUACGGUGGGAUGCAAUUCGUGGAUUGGGCUAGGUUGAGUGGGGUUCAAUAACUGAAUGGUGUGCGUUUAGUAUGUGGUUUGAGAAGAGGAUCAUAGAAAACUAGAAGUCUUGUUGUUUUCUUGAGUAGCAUAGUCCAUGAACUACAUGAAGCUGAUAUUUAGAAAGUUGAAUAUGGUUUAUGUGCUUAAGAUAUUGUAGAACAAAGCACAUGAGCAUCAUCAGCUAGAACAAAAGUGGCUGCCUUCUUAUAAUCCUGAUAAUAAAAGGAAGGUGAAAUUUCAUUA